AAGUUACAAGCUAUACAUGGACUCUCUCAUAUUAUGUAAAUUUCCAAUCAUAUUCCUAGUAUAACACAAUUUCCAUGACUUUGACGAAUUCUACAAAGACCUCUAAACCUAUUUGUCUUCUUCUUUAUAUGAUCAAGACUACAAACAAAAGUCACUGAUGACUCUUUUCUUGUUUAAACCAUCAAUUCCCAGUUCUCAAAAAUCCAAAAAAAUGAUGAAAGAACUGUUCCAGAAAAGGCUUAGUGCCUUUUACAACAGUUUGAGUUUUCACAAACAAGAUUUAUGGCAAAAUUCUGAUGUUGUUGUUAUCCAUUCAAACCAAGAGAAAAACUCAUCAAAUUCUCAGUCAAAUCAACUCUACUUAUGGCUUAUAGGUGAAGAACUUGAUGAUACAAGCACGAUUUUCACUCUCUAUGGGAUAUAUUUUUUCUGUACUCAGAAGAAUUUUUCCAAGAUUCGUUCUUUGUGUUGUUAUGCAACUUCGAUGCAGAAAAUUCCUGUUUCUGUUCAAUUGAAGGCUAAGAACGAUGAGGGGUUUGCGUUAAUUGAUGCUACGAUACGUAACGAGAGAGUAAUUCACAACAACAAGAUGAAUUUUGAUGAUCGUUGUUGUCCGUUUGUUGUUGGUUAUAUAGCAGGUGAGUAUCCAAAGUCUAAGCUUUUUUGGAGUUGUAUUAAUGAUUUAGAACCUAAAAAGUAUAAAGCUGUAACUGUGAAUUCUGGUAUUGAUAAGUUGAUUAAUACUGCUGAAAAAUCAAACUUUGAUUUUGGAGUUUCUAAUGAGAAAGAGGUGUCUAAAUCAGUUGAAUUUACUCCUCCUAUGCGUAGUUUUAGUCCUAUUAUUGUGAAUGUUGGCAAGGAAAAAACAAGUUUGAAAACAAAAAGGGAUUUGAGGGAUAAGCGUGAGAGUAAUUUGUGGAGUGAAAAUGAUGAACAAGUGUUUUUGAACUUCUUGGAAAAUGGGAAUCAAUCUGCUCUGAAAAAGAAGGAAAAUAGGUUUAAAUUUGAACAUAAAGGGUCGAGGGAAAGGAGGAGCAAUUUGGGUUCUAGUAUUGACAAAACUGAGGUCCUUUCUGGCGAGGGAAUUGAAAUCAAAGAGAAAGGGGAAUCGAUGAGCAGGGUGAAUGGAGGCGGCAAAAAUGAUGAUCAACUUUUCACGUUUGGAGCAAAUAGAUUGGAUGGUAAAGGCGACAAGUUAAAGGAAGGAGGCAAAAAUUAUGAUCGAAUCUUCAUGUUUGGAGCAAAUAGAUUUGAUGGUAAAGGCGAUAAGGCAAAGGAAGUAGACAAAAGUGAUGAUCAACUGUUCAAGUUUGGAGCAAAAAGCUUGGAUGGUCAAGAGGACAAGUCAAAGGAAGGCAACAAAAAUGGUGAUCAGCUGUUUAAGUUUGGAGGAAAUUGGCUGGAUGCUAAAGAGGACGACAAGUUGAAGGAAGGAAAUAAAGAUGGUGAUCAGCUGUUUAAGUCGGGAGAAGGUAAGAAAGAUGGUGGAGAAAAUAGGCUACGCAGGAUCCCCGAUCAGCCUCAAUCAAUGGAGGAGGAAGAAGGUGUAAAGAAUGUCAAGCUUCUUAACGAAAGAUUGGCAGGCUUCUACUCAAGCUGGAGGAAAUACAAAGAAGAGCAAUGGGGAAAAGCAGAUGUUUUGGUGAUUGGUACUCAAUCAGCAGGACCACUUGAAACCUUGUCUCGUCCCAUAUCCUCUAGCUUCUUAGUGUGGUUGCUUGAUCAUGAGUUUCCGGAAACCACAGCUGUUUUUAGAGACAUUGGAAUAGAAUUUCUUUGCACCAAGGAAAGUUUCUCCAGGCUUUACACAAUUGGAAGUCGUAUGACAAUGGAUGGAAUAUUUACUGUUUCUGUCCAACUGAAGAAAGGAGGGGAACAUUGGGUAGAUUGGUUAAAAAAGACUUUGUGCCAGGUGAAUACUGCGCUGACGUCUGGAGAAAUUGUUGUUGGAUGUAUUAAAGGGGAGUCUAUGGAGAUGGAGGCUCUUUCAAAUUCCAAAAUGUUUGAAGUUGCAUAUGUAGACAAUGCUUUAACUAAUCUGCUUGAACAUGGGAAUUUUGAGAAAUCUGAAAGCUUUGCAGCUCUACAGCCAACUUUACGUAGGCAGUUUCAGAUGUUGUCUUUGGGAAAGUGCGGUGGUACAAAAACUGAGGAUGUAGUGUCAUUUUCUGAGCUAGCCAAGAUUAAGUCAAUGGAUGAUAAAUCUUAUAUGUCACAUGCAUCUGUAGAAGAGAAGUUAUCGCUGGAGAAGAAGGGUGAUACAUCGUCUUUGUUGCUUACUGAUAGUAGUGUGGAUGCUAAACGACCAGUUGAAGAAAACACCGUAUUUGAGAAGGGCAUUUUGAGUAGCAAAGUAGAAGAAAACAAGAUGUUCGAAGCGGACAAUGUGGAAACCUCUACCAAAGAGGAUGGUGCAGAAGAAAAGUUAAUGGCUGAGGAACAAAAUAUGGUAUGUAACCCUGAAAAGAGUAACUUAUUGCAAGAGAAGGAGUGUGAAGGAAGAAUGGAUUCUUUACCAGAUGAUCUCAAUGGCAGCCCGAGGAAGGACUCUGUUGGUGAAGAUGAUGAUUGGACGUUAAUUGAGAAGGAAUCUGAAAAGCAAGAAACAGAAGUAGCUGAGAAAUUAAGCUGGAAAAGGUGGUUCAUGGUUUGGUCAUCAGACAAGGUUCAUGUCUGAUGAAGCACCAUCAAAGGAGGAUUAAGAGGCUGUUUCAUUCAUAGCAGCAAUGUUUGAUUAGAAGUUAAUAAUUUUCACUGCUUUCCUUAGAACAAGAACAAUGUCUGAUUAAGGCUGGCUGCAAUUUUUCUUUCUUCUGCUUCAUUAGCACCAGAUGUUCUUUUGGAGUCUAGAUUACAUUAAUAGUUUUAUCAAAAAAGAAUUGGUUUCUAUCUCUUUUCUUUUUUUCUCCGAAUUUGAAUACAUAAUGCAUAUUUGUCUUUUGAUGUC